AUACUGAUCACUGCAGUAAAGAUGGAGAUCUGAGACAAUACUCUGAAGAUGGUGUCAAACUCAGGGCCCGAGGCACCUCUUCCCAGCUGACGCAGGAACAAGGCAAUGCGAGAGGCUAGCCAUGGCUACUGCGGUCGACACGGAGGCCGAAAACAGAAGGAACGAUUGGGAAGACUUCUGUGACAAGCAGGCAAGGAUUGCUGCCGCCGACUUUGUUAGAUCUUGGAGAGUGUUCGUGGCCCUACAAGCACAGUUCAGGGAGGUGGAACACAAAGAGUUGGCGCAGAAGUUUGCAGAACUUUUUCCAGGCCAUUUAGAACAGGCGUUACUGAGUCCCCCGAAUGGCGUGAAGGUGCGGAACGGCAUGGGCAGUGUGGCCAACACUCGCUCAGCCUCGGCUGACGACAUUCUGGAGGCCGCCGCCAGUGAUGAAGGCGGCGAGUCACCUUCCCCAAAAGUGUCUCACAAGCCCUUUUUUAGAAGGUUAUCUUUCAAGGGGUUGAAGAAAGGUAAAAUAUUUUUAAAACAGCAUUCUGACGAGGUUGAAUUAUCCCCCCACCAUGACAAACAGUUGAAGAAUGAAAGGCACAAGGCUCGCACAGUGAAGCUUGCAGUGGAUUGUGUGCGUGAGGGAACAGUACAUCUGCUGGCAGGAGACACACAGGAAGGCCGGCCUCACUGGCUCAAGUGUCGCAUGGCUCUUGUUAAGGUUGCUGCAGGGCAUAUGCUUGAAUUUUAUGCACCUCCUAAGAGCUUGAAGCCUCGCACUGGUGUAUUCUGCAUAUCAAUAAAUGAGGCCAGAGAAACUACAGACUUGGAGAUGCCAGACCUCAGAAACACAUUUGUUAUCAAGGCAGACAGUGGCACUGAAUGGGUGGUGGAGGCUCAAGAUCCAGAGGACAUGAAAACAUGGCUCACCACCAUUGUUGCUCAUUGUUGCUCCACAGAUAAAGAACAGUGUAAAAAUUAUGAGCUUCGACCAGCAAUGUACAGUGUGAAGAAUGAAUCGUCUCAGUCCCUGACUGGGACUAUGGGUAGUGGUGAGCUAGUGGAGCGCCCUGAGCACCCACCAGACCUUCCCCCACGAGUCCCUGGUACUACCUCCCCUAGCUCACAACAGGCCUCUAUUAUUGCUGCAAGACAAAGCAAUCUUUCAAUGCAUUCUAGAUCUCAAAAUGGGCUUGGAGAUUAUUCUAGUGAUGAUGCUGUCAAUAUACGAGUAUCUUCAGAUGUGGACUUUUACUCUAGUCUGCGGGAUUAUCCCUGGUUUCAUGGCACACUCUCACGUUGUGAUGCUGCUGCUGCAGUCCUUCAAGAGGCUGUUGCAGGGCAUGGGGUAUUCCUUGUAAGACAGAGUGAAACUAGAAAAGGAGAGUAUGUUCUAACAUUCAACUAUCAAGGCAGGGCAAAGCAUUUAAGAAUGACCAUCAAUCCAGAUGGUGCAUGUCGGGUUCAGCAUUUAUCAUUCGCCACAAUAUUUGACCUGCUUGAGUACUUCCGUGACAACCACAUCCCUCUGGAGUCGGGUGGCACAUCUGAUGUAACUUUGUCAGAGUUUGUUAUUGCCUCUGACUAUUCUGCUCGAAAUGCAGGAUUAGGACAAGGAGGAGCAGAGCGUAGACCACCAAACCUUCCUGACACUAGAGAGGUAACAACUCAUGGAGGAUCAGUUCGUAUGACAACAUCAGCUCUUGAACGACUUCAGUAUGAACAAAGCAAUUCGGGGGGAUCUACUGGAAGAGCUGUGGAAAAUACCUACACAUACACAUGAAGGCAAGCUUUUUAUGCCCAAGAGGAAGGUUUAUUGAACAGUGGAGUGACUCAAGUGUACACUUGGUGAUGAACACUGUGCUUCAUUAAGAAGAACAUGUUUGUGCAAGUUGAGAUGGCUUUGAUGAAUUAUUUUCCUUGGGUUAUUUAUUGGUAUGAGCAGCUUGGUUUUAUAGAAAUAUUCAAGAGUGUGAGUAGUUAUAUGUUUUUGAAUAAAUACAGUAUUUAUUUAGUUGCUUUGGAGGAAUCUUGAACUCAUGAGCAUGAAAAUCAUUGGAAAUGUCAGUGGUUAUAGCUCAAUAGUGCCUCAUUUACCUGGUUUUUACCAGUGAAUGCACAUCUACAUGUCCAAAACCAUAUAUACUUGUAUUCAAACAUGUGUGUUUAUGCAUACACAUGAAUACAAAUACUUUCACAUGUUCUUACUGAAAAUAUACAUUCGUGUGGCCAAAGAUAACUUUAAUUGCAUUAGCUCAUAUUUGGCAGUGAAAACCAGGAUAUGGAUGGUUGUGAAUAACAUGCUUGAUGAAUAUAUCAUGCAUCUGUGUAGAGCUUCAUCAAGCUCUUUGCUUUUAUCAAGAAAGUGGAUCUUCCAAUUUCUUAAAAGCUCAAAAUCAAUUGAUGGUACAUAGCUGACUGAUUUCCUAAUGCUCAAAUACUAUUGCCAGUACUGUACUCUAACUCCAGAUGUGGGGGUUACUCUUCAUAAUGAUGUAACAAUCUUUAAAUUUCUUCAAAUAUGGAAUUUCAGAGUUCUGUGUAAACAAAUUUAGGAAGACUAAUCAAAUGGACCCUAUAUCAGCCCUCAAGAUUAUAUUUUCCAGCGGAGAUAUGUUGAAUGCCAUUUCUAUACAUAAUAUUUUUUCAUUACUUGGGUGGUUAAUGCCUAGAAGAUUAUAUUUUAAAAGGAGCUUUUAGUCCUUGCAUUUUUGUCAUGAAUGGAUCUCGCCAUCCAUCAAGUUGCAGAGAUAUAAUUGACUGAAGAUUUGUAUGAUAAUUAUCUCAUUCUAAGAUGUGUAAAUAUAAUUACACCAUUACUGUGUGCCAUGUUGAAAGCAAUGUUGCAAUUUUAAUUAUCAGAGCUGUUAGUUAUGUUUAGUUUUUGUGUUAAUUGGCAGAAGUUUAUUUACGAAAUAUUUCAUUGGCAUUUCUUAAUCAGUUUUCACCUAAUUCAGUACUGCACGAUAAUGAAUACAGACAAAGUGUGGCAGUACUGUGUCAUAGUCUUUUGUAACUCUGAGCCUGCAUUUGGCAAAAACAAAAUGUUAGUUACACCUCAAGGACCAUGCUUAUUUUUAAGUUUAUUUGAUGUGCUUUGUAGCAAUUUAGAAUAACUGACAUAAUGAGUGUGAAUUCUGAAUUAAAUUUCAUAAGUUUAAUGAUUAAUGGACCUCCAGAAAAUUUUGGGAGUCAUUAUUAAGUUCACAAUGGUACUGUAGCUUAGAUUAAAUGGCUAUAUAUUUUGUACAUGUCUUGAGCAAAAUCUCAAUUUGAAAUAACAGAAAUAGACAUUUACUGGUUAAUGUAUCUUCUCUUUGGUGGUAAUUUUAUCAUUAUGUGGAGAUGCUGUCUUUGAUGGAAUGUGUGAUUUCGGUUACUGAGCCUGCAGUAUUUUUUACCAGUUUUUUUUUUUUUUUUUGCAAGUCUUGGCUAGAGAUUUUGAGAAAUAUUUAUAGUUAAUAGACUUGUAUCACUGUUCAGUAAACAAUGUCCAUACUACUCUCAGUGUUUUAUAGUCAGGUGAGACACAGGCACAUGUGAGGAUACUGUUUACUUGUAUAUAAUGUUUGGUUUACUCUGCAUUUAUGUUAUCUAGCAGGGAGUUAGUGAAUCUCGUGAGAGCAUGUUAAAGUAAUGUUUGUACAGUACACUAAUGUUAAUUAUUAACAUAUAGCAGGUUUAUUUUGCAGUACAGGUAGCACAGAAGCAACAUGUUUGCUGCAACGUAGGAUUACUGCCAACAAAUGUGUAGAAUGUCAUGAAUUUUCUUCUGUUCUUUUGUUCUGGUUCUAAUUCACAUAAAUGGUAUGUUUGUGUGCACGUGUAAAAUUUAUCUGCUAGCUAAGUACUCUGUAAGAUAAACAAAAUGUAUAAGGUAAAGAUUGAAAGCUCUAAAACAUAAGAAUUUCAGUCGUGGUGCAGUGUGAAGUGACAUGGCUAUAGACUUCAAAGAAUCAGAAGUCGUGAUAGAUCUCAUUGUUAGUAUGACAGCUACUCUCUUCGGCAACAAGAAGAUCUCAAGUAAGUUAAUUUGUUUUCAAUUUUUGCUUUAUGUAUGUUAGCUACUUGCAACAAUUUCAGGGACUUGAUUAUUUUAGUACAAUUAAUAGCACCUGAGUUUAAUUUUUGCCCCUCUUCAUUUAUUGGUUUUGAAUCUGCUCAUAUGUUAAGAGAUUUGCAUUUUACAGUAUUAAGUUUUGAUAUUUACAAAAGUGGGUCCUAACAUAUAGAGAAUGUUAGGCAGAUGUAAAGCCUUUUAUCAAGCUUUUUAAAAUAAGUACCUGUGGCACUGACAAAGAAAUUAAAGAAUCUCGGCUACACUGGAGGUGAAGUUGGAACUAUCAACAACUAAUAUGUUCUGCUGAUAAAAGCAGAAAAAGCUGGGCAACAAUAAGUGCCUCACUUGUUGUUCCUCAUUUGCUUCUAAAUAUAUUCAGUCUUUGUAGGAAGAACUUCAGUCUUUAAAAGUAGGUACAGUAUAAUCAUCAGGAGUUUGUCAUGUAAUUCACUUAUUAUUGCCUUCAUUGUAAUAUAUUCAUUGUAAACCACUUAAUGAGAAAAUAUAAUUGUGCAUUUAUUGUUGUGAAAUUUUUACUUGAUUAUAGCUGUAUUUGAACUUUUUUGGGUGUCUAAUGCAAAUGACAGGCACUUUACAUUCUGUUGAUAUUAAUUAGUGGCUGACACUUUGAAUUUGUAUAAUUAAGUUACAUGUUAUUGAAGGUUAGACUAUAAGUGGAGGAAUUUAUCUAGUUUAGAAGUAAUUGAUUUGAAGACAUGUAUUAUCUGUUUUUCUGUGGGGAGCCCCUUCGGCUCCCUGGAGUUAUCUGACUGAUAUACACUAUAUUAAUCUGGGGCAUCAGUCAAUGGAGUUCUGCCUACUGGGGACCAUAUCUGGCCUCCCUUAAAGAGGCACAGGGAGCAAUGGCUUAUAGAAACCCCUAUGUGUUUGGGCGCAUUCCAUGUCAGCCAUAAACCGGGGUUAGGCAGCCAGAAAAAAAGGCAUAAAAAAACAGACCCCACAUGGUACGAAAUUGCAACCAAAGAUUGAAUAGAGAGACAGAACUCGCCAAAAACAUAAGGAAACAUGCCAACAAGAAAAUGUCAUUCACCAUCGCCGUGCUGUUUGUCCAUGCAGGGGGACCGGACCCCCUGCUGCACUGGCUACUCUCAUCUUCAGUACAUAGGCUGAUGCACUCUGGGGCAGUCGUCAACUCUGGCCUUGAAGUCUUGGCAGAUUUUCUGCCUUUGUAGUAUUCCUGCUCUUUGUGGUGCAGUGGCCAGGAGUAACUACUUGUGUACUGGGGUUGCAUGCACUUAGGGCAACCUUCCCUAGGCACCCUAUAAGUACUACCCUUGGGUUCAAGGAUUACCUUCCAUAGAGCCUUCGCGAUUCCACUUCCGUAGGGCUUCCUGCUGCUCGGCAUUUACCCCGCCUUUGGGGCCAGCUAGGGUUUCGUGGUCUUUGUUUGGCCUUGGGUAGGAAGUGGUGUUGCUUGUUGGGGCACAAGGUGUUGUGCAGCUUGCUUACCUAUGCGACAGCCAUGUUCUGUUCCUUCUGGUGGCAUUGAACUUUUUUUUUUUUUUUUUUUUGCCAGGAGGGAGUCUGCCUUGUUUGGCUAUUAGUUCACACAUGGUAUAUUGGUGGUCCUUUCCUCUAGGCCCUCGUGCUUGUACAAGUUACAGGUGUCCAGUUAAUAGCUCAUCCCCCUGUGUUAGCUUUUGGGUUAACUGGUUAGCAGUACCUUGCCUAAGCUUCCUGUAGGGGAGACCCCUAGGGGCCCUGGAAACUCACGUCAGGGCUCAGUUGACCAAAGGAUGUAUCCUCCGAGUUCCACCUCACCUUGUGCGAGUUUGAAGGUUGUUCUGUGCCCUGUGCCCAUGUCUCAGGGUGACAGUCACCUGUUUUGCCUCCGUCAUGCUGCCUGUUGGGUCAACGACACCUUUGACCCGGAAUCUUGUGAGACGUGUUCUCUGCUCGUGCUCCACUUUACCCAUUCUGUUGUCACUGAGGUUCGGGUUCAGGUGGCAUCCGCGUCACAUGCCUGGUUUACGUUGCUGCAAUGCGCUAGGUUAGUUGCCCUCUCGGAUGCCCCGGGGCUGCCCUGUUUUGGUUAUAAGGCCCUGGAGUUGGGGGCAUUAGUCACUUCGACCUUGGUUCUGUUUGCACCCUUAAGUCCUUCCCCAGUUGGCAUUGUUUGCCCUCUCCUGGCUCCCAAACGUCUGAGGGUUUGAUGGCUUCAGGGAGCCUCCAGGGCUCACCCAGAUAUGGUGUUUCAUUACAUUCAACACUGGUUUUUUAGUAUAGUGAUAUUCCACACAUUUUAUUGUAUAAUUUUAUCGCAUUACACACUAUUGUUUUCAGAAUGGUGCUGGUUUCAUUUUUCAACCAUGCAGUAGUCUGUUUUGAUUCGCCUACCUUUCUGGGUGCUUCCCUGGUCGAUGGCAAGAUGAACUUUAAACGUAAAGUGUUCAUGAGCUAUUGCUCCCUGCUGCUCUGUGAGGGGGGGGGGGGUCAGGUUCUGGCUUGUGGUCUCCGGUAUGCAACAAGAACUCUGUGACUGAUGACUCCUAAUAGUAUGGCACCUAAUCAGUAAGCUAGCUUUAGGAGCUUCUGGGGCUCACCCAGAAAAUGGCACUUCAUUACAUUCAACGCUGAUUUUUUUAAUUUUUUUCAUAUUAAAAAUUUAUUGUUUUCAUAAUUUUGUGUAAAAAUUCUGAAUGAUUUGCUCAGUUAUUUGUUUUAAAAAUAAUCUGAAUUUAGCAAUAAAAAUUUAUACGAUCUCAAUUAGGUUUUUAAGAUUACAUUUAACAAGAUAAGUUCUUUCCCAAUAUUUCAAAUAUUUGGCUUCCUGCAAAUAUACUGUGUUUUGCUGUGGAAAUUGGUAUCUUAAGUAUGGAUUAUAAGAAUAUUUGUCUCGAUACAAAUUUUGUAACAUACUCAGUUAUUAAUGAGAAGUUUUCUGCUCAAUAUUGAUUACUGGCAAUGUUUAAGAAGUAACUGCUUAGAUGUUUGCAUUGUGACUUAUAAGGUUAUACCAAACUUACAAGUCAAGAAAUCAACUUUAGUGCACAAAUAAACUCCUCUGUGUCAUAGCCUGUUUGUGAUAUUCUUCAUGAAUUUCAGGCUUUGAAAAUCAAAAUGGCAGAUUUUUUUUCAAAGUUUCUGUAACUUAAGAUGUUUUAGAGUCUGAAGGGUAAAUGCUACAAGAAAAUGGCUGUAUAUGUAUAGUAGAUCUAUGUAUAGUUCAUACAUCAGGGUAUAGUAAGUGGGAUUUAUAUGAUGAUGACGACGUGGCAGCAGUUUUUAUGAUUUGUAUACGAAAGGAUUAGUUACAGUUGUUUACCCUAAACCUUAGCUUCUCUUUCAAAUGUAACCUGUGUUGUUUGUUAUGUUUGCAUAGCAAUUUAAUAUUAUUUUUUAAAAUUUAAUAAAAUUUAUUAUGCUAGUCUUUUUACAGUACUGUGUAUGGCAUAUUUGUAAUUACUAAUGUGAUAAAUAUCCGAUUCAUUUUGCAAAAUGAAACAUAAAAGAAAAAUGUUGUAAUUCUUCACCUGGUCUGGAGGAGUAUGGAAGUUGUAGAUAAGGUGAUAAGGUAUCUAUUAGGGAACUUGUACAUUUGUAGUUUUUUUUUCUGGUACCUUACUUUGAUAAGUGUCGUAGAAAAUAGAAUCAUGUUUGAUUUAAUUAUUAUUAAUGAACAAUGAUGAGGGUUCUAUGCGCUGGAUGUUC